UUCCCAAAGUCGGUGGCUGGUUUCCCCAAAGUCGGUGACAGAUUUCCCCAAAGUCGGUGACAGAUUUUCCCAAAGUCGGUGGCGGAUUUCCCCGAAGUCGGUGACAGAUUUCCUCAAAAUUGGUGGCAGAUUUCCCCAAACUCGGGGACAGAUUUCCUUAAAAUCGGUGACAGAUUUCCCCAAAUCAGUGACGGAUUUCCCUGAAAUCGGUGCAAAGUCGGUAACUGGUUUUCCCACCGAACCAAGCAUGUUUUCCAUAUGGAUCUACAAACUCUUUAUAUUUCCGCCUGUGUCGUCCUUUCUCUUCAAGCCACUGCAAAUGAAGGAAUUUCUCCGAGGACAACUGCAAACUUUGGACAUUAAUGUUCAUUGUUUUUCGGGCACACUUGCACAGGAAACCCUGGAAGUUGCUUCUCUUUAAACCUCAUUCUAGUGGAGGAACUUAGUGUUCACACUAUCAGUGGUACGUGCACAGAGAUGUGUAAAGACGCUCACAGAUUUUGCAUGGUCAACCUUCACUGCAGCCUCGGAAAGACAGGUCAACUAUUCAAAAACAGAAGGGACAUUCGCAUGAUUUGUUGCCAUUUGAUGAACUUUUCAAAGUUGUUUGAAUACUUCUGACUACACUUUAUGAAAUGUCCGGCUCACGCAAAUGGCGUGGUGCGCUCGCAUGUGUGCUUUGGGCAAGUGUGAUUGUAUGUUUUUUGACAACAGGGACAACAAGACAUCCACCGCGUUCAGUGAAGCUACGUGGUCUACCUCUUCGUGUUGACGUGGGCGAAGGAAAGGGGUUUUGGGCAGCCGUGCAGAAUGCGGCGAGUAGGAGCAAGACUGAUUGCCAGACACAUAUGGAGAACAUUGUUGCGCUUGCAGAAAGUCACAUGAAAUCCAGCAAAAUUGUUGACAGAGAUGCUGCGAUACAGGCUUUGGUGGUGUCAAUGCAAGAACCAGGAUUGGUGUUGGUGUUGGGGGGCAAAAACUUGGGCAAAACAUUUCUCAAAGGUGAGGCAAUCAAGAGAUGCAGAGAGAGCGAAAGGAACAUCGACAUCGUCUCAGCGGAUAUGCGGGAUGCUGAUAUGCUUGGCAAACCUUUAAUGACAGCACUCGACGUGCAACGCCAAAAAUCUCUGAAGUGGGCAACGCGGGCAACGGAACUCUUGCGCGCAGUGAUCGAGCAUAUUGUCACCAUGUUUGCAGAUAAGAGAUAUACAGGAGCCGGAAAAGCAGCAAAGGGUGUGCUGGAUGUUGUAGUCCAAGCAAAACAAAUAAACAUUGAAAACUUUAUUAACAAGACCACUAGGAGUGGUAGGAUCCCCAGUCUCAUUGUGGAUGAGGCAAAUUUGGCAUUGCCCGGACUAGGUGAAGAUGCGAACACGGCGGCCAAGUCAGCUCUACAAGCCGUCACAAAAUGGACGAAGCAGACAAAGCAAGCAAGUGUCUUGCUGAUAUCUUCAGAGUUUGGGUAUCCCUUCCGCCUGCAAGCUGCAGGGUUAGACUUCAGAGACAUCCGCAAAGUCAUUAUCAUAGGUGAAGUGCCACAGUCCGACAUGAAGAAGAUGCUGCAGGAUGAUUGGGGUAUGGACGCAGACUUGGCAGAGAUGUUCUACAACUACUUCGGUGGCGACAUUUACACCACCAAGCAGGCCUUGGAGAGCCUCAUUCGGAAGAAAGAUACCUUCGACCCCUUUGCCGUUGUGCGAUGUCCCGGGCUGCCUUCGUGUGUGGAAAAUGCAGCGGCCAGGGCUCACCUGGAGAACAUCGCCAAGCAAGGCUUCUCUUUGGUGAAGAAUGUUGAGACUGACGAAGGUGCAAGAAUGAUUGCGGAGAAAAAAGUGGGCGGGGUCAUCGACAAGGAUGCCAUCACAUUUGGUUUGCCACCCAUCUUCACCGGCACAGACCGGAAAUGGGCUGUCAUCCCCUCGUCUUAUCAUAUGAAGCUGCUGAUUGCCCAUGAGCUCCAGAAUAUUCCUUUGCCAACAUCAGGUGGUACUGGUACUGCACCACCAGCUGUUUGGGUGAGACAAAUCCGCAAGGACGGUGAUACAUUCGCACAGAUUGGCAACGCUUUCCCAAUUGACCCAGUGCCCUCCAAUAUUGCCUAUUUGAAGGAAGCCAUUAAGACCAAAAAUCCAGCCACAGUCCAAUGCGACGCCUUCCAAAUUGAUAUUUUUAGCCAACAGGACGAGCCGCUGUUUAUGCCACCAACUCGUUUGCUAGUUGUAUUUCAAUUUCUCAGCUUUUGUUCACUCGGCUCAGCGCUUUGCGUUGCAAUGUCUUUGCUACCUUUUCACUUUUCACUCUUUUGUCAAUCGCUGGUCAGGUGAAUUUGUCCAAUUGUUUUCUUUCACAACACCUCACCCAACCCCUUGCACACCACCGUCUCAACUUGCCUUUGCAGCAUUGUGGUUUACCAGUUUGCUCAUGGCAGGAUGGAAAGUGGAUAAAAGAAGAAAAGAUGUCGGCAAGCCUUCGCGACACGGAUGAGACAGAUUGCUAUGGCUUCACAGUGCCAUCAGCGUGAGUGCUUUUCUCAGCAGCGUUACGCCUAGCGUUCCACUUGUUUUGCCCUUCUGUGGCUGAGGUGAAACCAAUUGAGAGCAAGGGUUCCCAAUAGUUUCACCGAAUUCCAUCUUUGGAGUAAAUGUAGAGUGGAUGUCGCUGUGGCAUGACCGUGCAUCACUCACAAGAUAUGAGACACUGCGUUGACACUCUUGUCCAGCAGGUUGUGCACACAGUGGGUGCAGAAACAGUGAACCAAAAAGCUGUUCAAGAUACAUUUCACUCGGGCAAUGUAUACGCCCAAGCACAGCGACGAAUCCAACCAUGCAUUGUGGGAGAAGGUAAGUGCUUGAUUUUGAACCGGCUUUCCUGAGAGAAACUUGAAAAUAAAACUGGAGGAAUAUAUAUUGAAAAUUUGUGGAAAAGAAGUGGACAAAGUUUGGUGUGCCUUUGACAGGGUUAAGCAAGAAGGGGG